GAGCUGCAGAAUUUAUUGCAGGGCGUGAGCUCCUGGAACUUUGACGUCUUCCGGGUACAUGUUGUUUCGGGUGGAAAUGCGUUGUGCUACAUUGGCCACCACCUCCUGCGUGACGGGCCUUGCCAAGCACUGAAUAUUGAAGGCAACCUGCUUGUGAAUUUCCUGCUGGAGAUCCAGCGCGGGUACAUCGCUACGAAUCCGUACCACAACGCCAUUCACGCCGCUGAUGUCAUGCAGACCGUGCACUAUUUCCUCAUCCAGCCAGAGCUCGGGCCGUAUCUGCGUCCGCUAGAUCGCGCGCUGGCUCUGAUCGCAGCAGGCGUACACGACUUCAUGCACGACGGGUUUAACAACGGUUUCCAUAUUUCAACAGCGUCAGAAAUCGCGCUGCGCUACAACGACCAUGCCGUGCUGGAAAACUACCACGUGGCGCAGUCCUUCUUGGUGAUGAAGAACUCCGACCUUAACGUACUGGGCCACUUAGCACCCGACGACUUCAAGUACGCGCGUGACAUGAUCAUUCAGAUGGUUCUGGCAACGGAUAUGGCCAAGCACUUCGAGGAUGUCGCACUAUUCAAGACCAAUAUUCUGUCGGCUGCGCUAGAUGAAGACGCGGUGCUGGUGAAGAAUGUAGGCGACAAGAAGCUGCUGCUCAAGAUGAUCCUGCACACCUGUGACGUAUCUAACCCAGCCAAGGAGCGCGAAACGAUGCUCCGGUGGACCGACCGUGUAGUGGAGGAGUUCUUUGUCCAAGGAGAAAUGGAGAAGCAGCUUGGUCUUCCUGUGUCGCCCUUCAUGGACCGAGAUACAAUCGUGCUCAAGAAGAUGCAGGUUGGCUUCGCUGAUUUCAUCGUGUCGCCGCUCUUCAGCGUCUGGGCGCAAAUCCUGGUCAACAUA